CCCGCUAAUCCACCCUGAUACCCGCUACGUCUGUAACUUUUGAACUUCUCAAAACGUAACCGGGCAGCCAGACAGGAACAUCUCCUCCCACCCCUCCCAGUAGAAGCUAUAAAUACUCCAGUGAAGGUCAUUCAUCCUUCCAUAUCUUCCUGCAGCUCUUUAUGAAUGAAACAGUUCUACUGUCUAAACGUUACUUUGAAAAAUGGUCCCACAAUCAAACUUCACCACAGUUUCAAACCUCACAACUCCUGUCCCCGGGGGUGCUGGAUGCCCGCCGGUCGGCAUCCAGCUGGAGGGCCUCAUCAUGCCUCCGGUCCUCAUCGUCGACGUCGUACUGGGGCUCAUAGGAAACUUGGUGGCGCUAUGGAUCUUCUGGUUUAAGUUGAAGGCCUGGAACCCCAACACCCUGUUCCUCUUCAACCUGGUCAUCGCUGACUUUUUUGCCCUGGUGAGUCUGCCCCUGAGGAUUGACGCCUUGCUCAGGGGCCACUGGGUGUUUGGAGAUGGCAUGUGCCGGAUAAACCUCUUCCUGAUGUUCUCCAACCGAUCGGCCAGCAUCGCACUCAUGACCGUGGUGGCAAUUUACCGAUACUUCAAGGUGGUCCACCCUCAUCAUCGCUUCAACCGCAUGACCAAGCGGCAGGCUGCAUUUGUCUCAGCAUUCGUCUGGCUGUUGGUGAUCAGUCCUCGGGUUCCCAUGCUGGCCUACAACCACAUCAAGGGUAAAGGCGAGAAGACCCAGUGCUUCUUCUUUACAUCCUACAAAGAGGCAUCCCGCGCCAUCAUCAUCCUGGUGGGCAUGCACCGUAUUUUGACGGUGGUGGAGUUCGUCAUCCCCAUGGCCAUGCUGCUGUUCUGCUCCAUCCGAAUCUCCAGCUUCCUGAAGCAGAGGCAGAUGGGAAAACCUGACAAGGUGCGCAAGGCCAUGAGAAUGUGUGCCGCCAUCGUGGCUGUGUUCAUCGUGUGCUUCCUUCCCACCACGGUGACCACGAUCGGUGUGUGGGUCAUCCGCUCCUUCCGGCCAUGGGACUGUGCCGCUUUCUACACCUUUACUCAACUCACUAUUGUGUCGUUGGGCCUAAACUUCCUGAACUCGGCUCUGGACCCUGUCGUCUAUAUCUUCUCCAGCUCUAUGUUUAGGAAGGCGCUCUUGGAACUCGUACCCUGUAGAAAGAAUGAAGGCCAGAACACAAAGUCCUCCUCAUCGGGAACCCAAAGCACCGCCCAGCAGGAGCUGAAGUCCUUAAGGACUGAUAGGGGCAGUGAACAAUAGUUUUGAUUUUAUGUAGCUAAACCUAGUAAUAAAUUUAAUCAUCUAAAGGUUCCUCUACAAACAGCUCUAUGCAGUUUUGACAAUCAAGUCAAUGUUUUUCUUUAUAAAUACCACACUGGCUAACAAUGAUUAGACUGAAUCUACACAGCCCAAGCUUAGCUUUUCCCCAGUUGUAUUGUGAUGCUGAGUGUUGAGAUUAGUAUACCAGCUUAAGACCCUGGGAUUUGGAGCAUAUGAGGCAUUUUUGGACAUAAGAAUUGACAUCCUAAAAAUGUUAACAUCCUGGCAAAUAAAAAUCUCCAUAGGGGGCAGUCAGGUGACCUCUCACACCCAAUGAUUGGUUGUUGUUCUUUAAAGAGAAAUAGCAGGAACUAAUACAUGACUGUCGUGCAUCAAUUUAUGGUCCGUGCUGUAUGAAACAGGUAGUUACUCAAGAAGGAGCUGUGUGGCAGUCGAUGAUGUUCCAGGGUUUCCAGGAACACAGUGGGUUGGCCUCACAAUCAGUCCCAAAGUGCUCUCAUCAAAUCUCUGCUGAGCGAGCAUCUGGCCAAAAAACGCACACAGGGAGCCAACAAGAACUGUCACAGCUCCAUAACGCUACUUAAAAACAAUGCAUGACUCUUUUAUUCUUUCUGUACAGGUCCCUUUUGAAACUUUGUUAUUUUGAAAUAUAUUAUGUCUUUUGUAAAUUUCACACAGUAUAUCUUGUAUUUUUUGUUAUGUACAAUCAUGGAGGGGAAAAAAAGUUAUUAAAUUCUUUUGUAAUGUAUUGUACUUGUCAGUUGUUUAUUUCUUAGUUACCGUGGAGCCACUCACGACAUGCAUAUUAAUGAAAUGAAGAUAAUGAAGGUUGAAUUGAUGUACAGCUAAUUGAAUUGUCCAAAAAGGAAAAUGCACCAUAUACAAAUCUAAGCACAAGUUCUGGCACAUUCGUUCUAUGGCAGGUCUUAAAUGGUUGAACGAAGUUAAAUAACUCACCACCACAGUAACAAGACACCACCACAGGGUUUGAAUUACAGAAAUCUGCGUCUGCUCAAUCCGAUCAUGCUGACGAAGAGAACAGUGACAUCUAGCGGAUGAGAUGAGUGUGACAGUUGAAGCUUUUUGAAUCUGCCGGAGUUGCUGCAACAAAUGUGUAACUAAGAGUAUUUUUGAGGUAUCUUGGAGACUACAAGGAGACACUAGGCUCUGAAUAUUUUUUCUUGAGUUUGGUUUGAACAUCAGCAGUAAAAGUUCAAAUAGGUUGUUGUAAUUGCAACUGACAUUUGACACUUUACACAUUCGAAAUCAAUGACAAUGUGCUAAUAACAUAUAUCGUUUAUUGUCGUUGACUUAUGUAAUCUUUCAACGAGAAUUUUUUAAAAAUUUGUUAUGAUUUCCUUAAACUAUGUCUGAGGUUUUGCCCUGAAGUAGGCACAGAAGUAAAAUUGCAGCAAAGAAAAUCAGAUAUGAAUGUUGAUCAUGAAAAGGCCCAGAAAAUAUAGAAAGAGUCAUACUAACACAGCGGGUUCAGACUCACUAGGUUUGUGUCCAACAGGCUCUAAGAGUCUUUACUGGAAAAUGGGAAUCAUUUAAACUUUGUGUGAUACUAAACUAAUGAUGAACAUGCAUAGUAUGUGUAAAUUAUACCCUACAUCACCACAGUCCUCCUGGGUGGCUCCAAUGAGAUAAUGUGUAUAAGCUGCUUUUAUAGAAAAAUAAAAAUAUUUCAGUAACCCCUUUGAGUGUGUAAUGACUAAUUAGGAAUGUAUGUCAAUAGAUCCAAAUUUCCAUGUGCCCUGUUGGGGAUCAUACAUGAGGGAAUCACUCAACAAGAGAAAAACUAAUUAAAUUGUCCCAUAAGGAACACAGUAUAUGUUCCUGUCUUUUGAUCCAAUGAUCACCGCAGAUGUUUUCAAGUCUUUGCUAUUGAUACAGUGAGAUAGUUUCCUGCUCUUGUUGCACCUUUGGUGACCAACAUGGCAAAUGUACCGUCUCCUAGCUGGAGUCUUCCAUCUGUCGGCCUCACUUUAAAAAAUGACUAUCGACGUACAAGCAGGACAUUUUACUUGGAUCUAUUUGCUCAAAUCGAAUUUCAAAGCCAGGUGUAAUGGUAAAUUAAGAUUUCUUGGUAACGGUGCGUUACAUGCAACAAAAAACAAGUGAAAAAUCCUUUCUAAAUUUGAUGGGUACU